UUCACAUUCAUUCAUUGAUUCAUUCUCGUAAUUAUACUGCCGACUUUCAAUGAUACACAAAGUGAUGUUGUUGAUGAUUAAAUGACCAUGUGUUUCACAAAAACGACCACAACACCAACGAUUUAAGUUUAAUUUCCGUAAUGUUUUUUCUUCCAUAUAUUUUACAUACAUCAAACGAAUCGAUCGAUUAAUCAAAAAAAAAAGUUGAAAAUCUAAAUGAAUAAUGUCAACCGCUGCUGCAAAACGUUAUCUUUAUUCUCAUUUUGGUAACUCGACCACUACAACAUCGACAUCAACAUCGACCACAUCAUUGCCAACGACAACGUCAAGUGCAAAUAGUAAAAUUACUGUCGCUACUACCGCGUUGACAUGUAAAACAAAUGAUGACAAUGACGAUGAAGAAGCAGAAAUUAUCAAUACAAAUGAUAUCCCGAAAUCAUCGAAUGAUUCGAUAAUAAUUCAAACACCAUUUAAAUCAUCAAAUGGCAAUGAUAAUUGUUCUGAAAAUAGUGAUUUUUCAAACGAAAAAGAUGACAAUUUAUCAUCGGAUAUUUUGGCUGCUAUAAAUUCUUGUAUCACAACGAUGGCAACCACAACAAAGGAUAAUACCGGAAUAACAACCAUAGCGGCAGGUGGAUCAAUCAUAAAUGGAACAUCAUCAAUUAUGGAUGGCAAUCAUUCACAUUCGGUUUCAUUAUCGCCAUUUCAUCAUCAGGCGCAAGCAUAUCAUCAUCAUGCCUUGGUAUCACCUACAACAGCUAAUACGAUUAGUGCCACCGCCACCACCAACACCUCGGCUACAUCAUUACCAUUUUCUUCAUCGAAACUAAUUAUACCGCCACCACCACCACCUCAUCCGGCUUCUGCUGCUGUUGUAACAGCUAAUCCAACUAAUUUAAUCAAUGGAAUCGAUAUGAAUUCAAUAUCACCAUAUUUUUAUCAUCGUUAUCAACAACUGUAUCAUCAAUUAAAUCAAUCAAUUUGGUCCAAUGAAUUACAACAGGCAUUGGUGACUGCAAGUGGACUAGCAGCAGCAGCGGCUGCUGCUGCAGCCGCUUCGUCAACAAUAACACCCAUUGCUUCCGCUAAUGUUUCAUCAUCUAUCAAUGAUUCUGUAUUGCCAAAAGAGCAAAUUUUUUCUGCAAUCAAUCUAAUUAAUCAUGAAUUGAAUGGCGAUAAUAAAACAUCAUCACCUAAAUCACCAGAAUCUACAACAUCUUCCACAUCAUCUGUAUCCGCAUCAUCUGCAUCAUCGAAUGGUGUGAUUGUUGUUGAUGCACAUGUUCCAGUGAUUGUUGCAUCAAUGAAAACUGAUAAACAAUCAUUAUCAUCAACAACUUCGCCAGUGUCUGUUACUGAUAAUAAUUCUAAUGAAAAUCCAGUUAUUGAUGAUGAAGGAAUUGAUAUUGACAUGGAAAUUGAUAUUGCUGAUGGUAGUGUUGAUUUGAAAAAACAGCGACAACAACAACAACAACAACAUUCAUCAUUAACAUUGACAAAUAGUGUUUCAACAAGUGUUCCAACAACAAGUGUUUCAACAGCAAUAGCAACAACAACAAUUUUGACCAACAACAGCAACUUAACUCCAGGAUCAUCAUCAUCGGCAUUGGCAUCGACAACGACAAAGGUUCCAAAUGGAAUUAAAAACAAUGGCAGGAUAAUGGAUUCUGGAUCAUCUAAUAAUGAUGGCCACCAACAACAACAACGACAUCGACAACGGCAACGGCAACGGCAACGACAACGAACAAUGUUGUAUCAGUGUACAUGGCGUGGUUGUACAUUUCAAUGUUUACAAUGUCAUACAAUUGAACAACAUGUUCGUGUUAUGCAUCUAGGAAUUAUUGCAUGGAAAAGUAAAUGA